AACGUUAAGAAAACGAAUGCGCAGUCAGCUUUUCACGAGCAGAAGUGAAAAAUAGCCGAUGGGCGAUCGGACGAUUUCUUAUUAGUUUUGAGUUUGUAACCAACGCGGGCGGAUCGAGCGAUAGUAAAUUCGAAUAGCACGUAAAGCUGAUACGAUCGGUUAGUCAUUUCCGUUCUUCGCUUUAUAUUGUCAUCUAACAAGAUUGAUUCGAAAUCACUAAAAAGAAAGAAGUAAUAUGAUCGAGAACGGUGAUUAUGCCGUGCAAUACGGUGGUGAAGAUGCUUAUAUGGAGCAAGAAGAGGAAUGGGAACGUGAAGGACUGCUUGAUCCAGCAUGGGAGAAACAACAGAAAAAGACAUUCACUGCGUGGUGCAAUAGCCAUUUGCGGAAAGCUGGCACAUCUAUCGAAAAUAUUGAAGAUGAUUUCCGCAAUGGACUCAAACUCAUGCUGCUACUGGAAGUUAUCUCAGGUGAAACUCUACCCAAACCUGAUCGCGGCAAAAUGCGGUUUCACAAAAUCGCCAACGUUAAUAAAGCGUUAGAUUUUAUUGCAUCCAAAGGGGUAAAGCUGGUAUCCAUAGGAGCAGAAGAAAUCGUGGAUGGCAAUUUAAAAAUGACUUUGGGUAUGAUAUGGACUAUAAUCCUACGAUUCGCAAUUCAAGAUAUUUCUGUCGAGGAAAUGACUGCCAAAGAAGGAUUGCUUCUGUGGUGUCAGCGCAAAACUGCUCCUUAUAAAAAUGUUAACGUACAGAAUUUCCAUCUCAGUUUCAAGGAUGGUUUGGCAUUUUGUGCUUUGAUUCAUCGUCAUAGACCUGAUUUGAUAGAUUAUUCAAAGCUUUCUAAAGACAAUCCUCUAGAGAAUCUUAAUACAGCUUUUGAUGUUGCUGAGAAAUAUUUGGAUAUCCCAAGGAUGUUAGAUCCAGACGAUCUGAUCAACACACCGAAGCCAGAUGAACGUGCUAUUAUGACCUAUGUUUCGUGUUAUUAUCAUGCUUUUCAAGGAGCUCAGCAGGUUGGAUACGAUCUGCAGAACACCGCAAUGCCAGAUGAACGGGCUGUCAUGACCUACGUGUCGUCGUACUACCAUUGCUUCAGUGGUGCACAAAAGGCGGAGACUGCUGCCAAUCGCAUAUGCAAAGUAUUGAAGGUCAACCAAGAGAACGAAAGGCUUAUGGAAGAAUAUGAAAGACUGGCGAGCGAUUUGUUAGAAUGGAUUCGUCGUACCAUGCCUUGGUUGAACUCCAGACAAUCAGAUAGUACACUAGCAGGUGUACAGAAAAAAUUGGAAGAGUAUAGAACAUAUCGGCGCAAGCACAAGCCACCACGUGUUGAACAAAAAGCAAAAUUAGAGACCAACUUCAACACCUUGCAAACAAAAUUGCGCCUAUCGAAUCGACCAGCUUACAUGCCAACUGAAGGCAAAAUGGUAUCUGACAUUACAAAUGCUUGGAAAGGUCUAGAGCAUGCCGAGAAAGCCUUCGAGGAGUGGCUUUUAGCCGAAACCAUGCGUUUAGAGCGAUUAGAACAUUUAGCUCAAAAGUUCAAACAUAAGGCUGAUACUCAUGAAGAGUGGACAAAAGGAAAAGAAGAAAUGCUUCAAUCUCAGGAUUAUCGUAAUUGUAAACUAAAUGAACUCAAGGCUCUCAAAAAGAAACAUGAGGCCUUUGAAUCUGACUUGGCUGCUCAUCAAGAUCGUGUUGAACAAAUUGCCGCUAUUGCACAGGAAUUGAAUUCAUUGGAGUAUCAUGAUUGUGUAUCGGUCAACGCACGCUGUCAGCGUAUUUGUGAUCAAUGGGACCGUUUGGGAGCACUCACACAACAUCGUCGUCAAGGUCUAGAUGAAGCAGAACGUAUUCUGGAAAAGAUUGAUUUACUACACUUGGAGUUUGCCAAACGUGCUGCGCCAUUUAACAAUUGGUUGGAUGGGGCCCGGGAAGAUCUUGUUGACAUGUUUAUUGUUCAUACAAUGGAGGAAAUCCAAGGUCUCAUUCAAGCACACGAUCAAUUCAAGGCCACUCUAGGAGAAGCAGAUAAAGAAUUCAACGUCAUAGUAGGGUUGGUGCGCGAUGCUGAAGCUAUUGUGAAACAAGAGCAGGUGCCUGGGGGCUUGGUCAAUCCUUAUACAACAUUGACAGCAGAUGCUAUCAGCAGAAAAUGGUCGGAAGUCAGAGCGUUGGUUCCACAAAGAGAUCAGACAUUGGCGAAUGAAUUACGCAAACAACAAAAUAAUGAGAUGCUGCGUAGGCAAUUUGCCGAGAAGGCAAAUAGCGUAGGGCCUUGGAUAGAACGACAAAUGGAUGCAGUUACAGCUAUUGGUAUGGGUAUCUCAGGAUCACUCGAAGAGCAGCUACAUAGACUUAAAGAAUACGAACAAGCAGUUUAUGCAUACAAACCGAGUAUUGAAGAGCUGGAGAAGAUUCACCAAGCCGUUCAAGAAUCAAUGAUUUUUGAAAAUCGUUAUACACACUACACAAUGGAAACCUUGCGUGUUGGCUGGGAGCAAUUGUUGACUUCUAUAAACAGGAAUAUUAAUGAAGUUGAAAACCAGAUUCUUACUCGUGAUUCAAAGGGUAUCACGCAGGAGCAGCUUACGGAAUUCCGCUCAAGCUUCAAUCAUUUCGAUAAAAAUCGCACUGGCCGAUUGGCACCAGAAGAAUUCAAAUCAUGCCUUGUAUCCUUAGGAUAUUCGAUUGGCAAAGAUAAGCAAGGCGAAAUGGACUUCCAGCGCAUUCUUGCUGUAGUUGAUCCAAACAACUCUGGAUACGUACAAUUCGACGCGUUCUUAGACUUCAUGACUAGAGAAAGCACCGACACAGACACUGCCGAACAAGUUAUCGAUUCCUUUAGAAUUCUGGCUUCUGACAAGCCAUACAUUUUGCCAGACGAAUUACGUCGCGAAUUGCCACCAGAUCAAGCAGAAUAUUGUAUCCAAAGGAUGCCACCAUACAAAGGCCCCAAUGCUAUUCCCGGAGCACUGGAUUACAUGUCAUUCAGUACUGCUUUAUACGGAGAGAGUGACUUGUAGAUAAGUUACUUUAUAAAGUUAUUUACGUAUUACCUUCUACACGCAAAUUAGGCUCUGCUACGUGUUACAUGCCAUAUAUUGUGUUUUCAUAAAAUGCUAAAGUACACUAGGAAACACCACACUAACAACCACAUAUACGGAAUAGUCCCCACCAAAGAUUUGUCUAAGCUUUGGUAAAGCGAUUAUUCGAAUUAAGAAUUCUUCGAAUCCAUCCAUUAUCGCGACAAGCAAUUUUUAUACUAAAUGCCAUAAAAACGAAAUAACUCGAGAGGGAGGAAGAGAUGACUACGCUACGAUACAUGUGAAUCUGAUACAUGAAAAUAUAUUUAAACUUACCAAUUCACAA